GGAUGUCCCACCCUCGGGCUGUUCCUGGCGGAGGCGGGGCAGGUAGUUAUGGCGGCUGUGUCUGAUGUGCAGCGGCUACAGGCCCGAGUGGAGGAGCUGGAGCGCUGGGUGUACGGACCGGGCGGCUCGCGCGGCUCGCGGAAGGCAGCUGACGGCUUGGUCAAGGUGCAGGUGGCUUUGGGGAACAUUGCCAGCAAGAGGGAGAGGGUGAAGAUUCUAUACAAAAAGAUUGAAGACCUGAUCAAAUACCUGGACCCCGAGUACAUUGACCGCAUCGCCAUACCUGAUGCUUCUAAGCUGCAGUUCAUCUUAGCAGAGGAGCAGUUCGUCCUCGCCCAGGUUGCGCUCCUGGAGCAGGUGGAAGCCUUGGUGCCCUUGCUGGACAGCACUCACAUCAAAGCCGUUCCUGAGCACGCCGCCUGCCUGCAGCGCUUGGCCCAGAUCCACAUCCAGCAGCAGGACCAGUGUGUGGAGAUCACGGAGGCGGCCAAGGCACUCCUGGAGGAGUACAACAAGACUACGAUGCUUCUCUCCAAGCAGUUUGUACAGUGGGAUGAGCUGCUUUGCCAGUUAGAGGCUGCCAAGCAAGUAAAGCCAGCAGAAGAGUGACGUUCCCAAUCCUAGGAUGGGCCCAAGCAGCCGGACUUCAGAGCCCUGUGGAACCUGCCCUUGGAGCAGGGCAGAGCACUUCUGUAUUUAUUGAAUUAAUGACCCACCUGUCCACACUCAAGAGGGGUUCAGAAGCCAGAGAUCUGGCUAUUUGACAUCUGCUGUUUGCACUCCCUCCCUCUCCUCCCCUUGUCCGUGCCCUAGUCAGUGACAAUAAACUGUAGUGAUCACUGGAGGA